AUGUACAGAAGAUAAAACAUAACAAGGAAACAAAUUGAUCAUUACAGCUAUAUACUAAAUGAGGAAAUUGGAAGAGGUUUUAGCAGCAAGGUUUAUAAGGGAAAAGACGAUGUUUCCCAAGAACCAGUUGCUGUAAAGGUGAUUGAUAUGAAAAUGAUCAAAUAAUCAAUUCACUCAUAAUUAUUAAAAAAUGAAAUCAACGCUUUACGUUCAUUCAAUAGUAAACAUAUAAUGAAAUUGCAUGAUGUUUUUUAAACCUAAAAUAACACAUAUAUCAUCACAGAAUAUUGUGACUCUGGAGAUCUCAAUAAUUACAUUCGUAAAAAAGGAAGACUAGAUGAAUAAGAAGCUACAAGAAUUUUAUAAUGCGUUGUUUCAGCCAUGAUGGAAAUGAAUAAAAAAGGCUUUAUUCACAGAGACAUUAAACCUGCCAACAUCUUAAUUGAUCACUCAAUUCCAAAGCUAGCUGAUUUCGGUUUUGCUGUUCCAUUACAUGAGGCUAGAAUAUAAGGCAGAAACUUCAAUGUUGGAACUCCUCUUUAUAUGAGUCCAUAAGCUUUGAGAUAGUAGGGACAUACAGAAUAAGGAGAUGUUUGGGCAAUUGGAGUAGUAUUUUAUGAGAUGCUUUUUGGAAGAACCCCCUUUAAUGGUCAAUCAGAAGCAGCACUAAUUUCUAAUAUUAUGAAUCAGCCUUUGCAUUUACCAUCUCAUCCACAAAUUUCUUCUGCUGCCAAAGAUUUUAUCAGAUAAUGUUUAAAUGUUGAUGAUGCCAGAAGAAUGAGAGUGCGUGAUAUGGCUAAUCAUUAAUUGAUUAGAUAAUCGAUUACACCUUCUUAACCUCAAUAACAAUAAUAAUAAUACCCUCGUCAGUAAUAGCAAAGGUAAGCUAUUACUCCUCCUCCAAAUGAAUAAUAAUAAUAACAAAGAGUUAAAAGAUCACUUAGUCAAGGUGGGAAACAAGACAUCAAAUAUAGAGAGAAUAAAGAAAACUAUUAUCAAUAAUAAAAUCAACAACUACAGAAGCUUGCACAAGUUGACAAUAAUAAAUAACCAUUAUAACCAUAAUAAUAGAAUGUUCAAAGAUCUACUAGUUAACAAUAAGUUCAAAAACAUUAUAUUAAAUAAAAAACAUAGCCUGCUGAAGAUAUCAAGCAUAUAGGAAUCUCAAUUGAAUGCAAAGUUAAUAACGAUAUUUUGUUUACUCAAGUUAAUUUUUGUAGAUUUCUUUAUAAAUUCUCCUCAAGUCUACUCUAAUGCAAAAUAAUUAGUAAUCAAUUAAAAGAUAAAUUGCUAUUUCUAAUGGGUAAGAAUAUUGCUAUUAAAAUUACAAAACUCAAUUAAAUUACAGAUAAAGAAAAUAAUUAACCAAAUUGCUUAUAAUUAGAAGAUUUUCCUUCUUAUAAAAAAACAGAUUCUUAUUAAAAAUUUACUUAAGCAAUUAUUGAAUACAAUGAAAAGUAUAUGAAGUAUUUUGAUAAAUUGCUUAAAUUAUGCAACUCUAAAUCAGGUAUUUUGGUUGAAAUAUUUUAGAAUUGUAAAAGGAUACAACCUUUGUGUGUCUAUUAAACUAAGACUUUACAGAAACAGAAACAUUUUAUAGAAUUACUUAAUAAUAUAUCAAACAAAGUUUGAGUGAAAUCAAAAAUUACUUUAGAUAAUAAAACUUUCAAAAUAUCAAUCUAGAUUCUCCAAUAACAGAGGAGGUAAAAAAAUAAUUAAUUUAGAUUUAAUUACCAGGAUUUAUUUUAUAAGGACUGAGUAAUUAUUUCCUCUUGCUUCAAAAAACAAUAGAAUUCUUGAAGGAUUAUAGAGGUUUUGUUAGAUGCUCACAUACAGAAUUAAUGACUGAUAAAUCUUAGGAGGGUCUCACGUAUGGAAUACUAGAAUAAUUAAUGGUUAGAUUGCUAUGA